AUGUUAAUUAUGUUGAAAUCCCUGCAUCUAACCUCCAAAAUGGCGACUAUCGAGAAACUGUUUCAACCCGUGCAGCCCAAGAACGACGACACCGGCAACAAGAUAACCGUCGUUGGAACAGGACAAGUUGGCAUGGCCGCUGUCUUCUCUAUGCUAACGCAGGGAGUAACAAACAACAUUGCGCUAGUUGAUGUAAUGGAAGACAAACUGAAAGGGGAAAUGAUGGAUUUACAACACGGUUCGGCUUUUAUGAGAAACGCUAAGAUUCAAGCCAGUACAGAUUAUGCAAUUUCUGCCGGAUCCAAGAUCUGCGUGGUAACCGCCGGCGUACGUCAGCGUGAGGGCGAGUCUCGCUUAGAUUUAGUUCAGAGAAACACGGAUGUCCUCAAAAUCAUUAUUCCACAACUUGUCAAGUACAGUCCAGAUGCAAUCCUCAUGAUCGCUAGUAACCCAGUGGACAUCUUGACUUAUGUGACCUGGAAGAUCAGCGGUUUGCCAAAACACCGCGUCAUUGGUUCAGGAACAAACCUGGACUCGGCGAGAUUCAGAUAUUUGCUAUCAGACAAACUGUCUGUUGCGGCCACUUCCUGCCACGGUUAUAUUAUUGGAGAACACGGGGACAGUAGCGUACCAGUAUGGUCUGGUGUUAACGUCGCUGGCGUGAGACUUAGUGACAUCAACCCGAAAAUUGGAACAGAGAGCGACACCGAAAACUGGAAAGAAUUACACGAAAUGGUCGUGAAGAGUGCUUACGAAGUGAUCAAGCUGAAGGGCUACACUUCAUGGGCUAUAGGACUGUCCCUUGCACAGUUAGCACGUGCUAUCCUCACUAAUGCGAGCAGUGUCCAUCCUGUAUCUACAUACUUGAAGGGUGAACACGGCAUCGAAGAGGAUGUCUUCCUCUCGCUGCCGUGUGUGUUAGGUUCUUCUGGGGUUUCGGACGUCAUCAGACAACCACUCAAGGAAAACGAACUUGGACAACUCCGCAAGUCCGCUAAUCUUAUGGCACAAGUGCAAGCUGGUAUUAAAUUUUAA